AUGGCGGCGGCGUGCAGCUUGUCGGUGAGCCUGGUGUGGCGGUUGGGGAUCAACAGGACCGGUGGAUCGAUUGGCUCUGAUGCCAGAUUGCCAACUCUUGAUCUAGUUCACCAUGAAUUGGAGUUCAAAUUACAGAAGGAGGAGGGGAUCGAGGAAGGAAUGGAGCCUAGAUACUUUCUGUCCAAGCUUCUAGUUGUUGCCUACAUCCACCUCAUGCAGGAGGGGAUAGGGGAGGGAUACGACUACAACACCAAUGUGUGGCAGUUCGAAGGCUAUGGGUAUGUCCCCUCGGGCACGACCUGGGUGUCCAUCAUGCAGUUGUUCGGCGUCGGCGAGACGGCUACCACACUCAUCCUGCACGUCUACGAUGGCGCGGUGCGGUACUACGACCGUCAUAUUGUUGAGGAUGCCAUCUAUGACAGGUGGUUCUGGCUAAACGUGGUCCAUGAUGUGGAGGCGUCGACACUCACCGUGUACAUUGACGGCCAGGGCGGCGACUCACACUACUUCAAGUUCAACGUGUACACACAGAACCUCGACUCCACCUACAUGGAGUCCCGCUGGAAGGGUGUCAGGAUUCUGAAGAAAGAAUUAUCACAUUGA